CCGUCCCCGCCGAGUCUCCGCUGCAAACUUUCGGCCGGUUCCAAGAGCCUUCCAGAGUCUAAUGAGUUGCUCGGGGAGGCGACCCCCUGCGUGCUGUUGAGGAGGGCUGAGCCCCGCGCCUGGACGCUCAGAAAGGGGAGGGGGGAGAGAAAAGAAAAGAAAAUGAGCUCCCGGGACACGCUGCGCGCCGCGUUCCUGCUCGCCCUGCUGCGCGCCUGCCUAGCCCAGGCUGCGAGCCCGCAGCCCGAGGUCCGCGCCGAGGACACCCCCGAGGGCGCCUCCACCUUGGCUUUUGUGUUCGACGUGACGGGGUCCAUGUACGAUGACUUAGUGCAGGUGAUCGAAGGGGCUUCCAAAAUUUUGGAGACGUCUUUGAAAAGACCGAAGAGACCUCUUUACAACUUCGCGCUGGUGCCCUUCCACGACCCAGAAAUUGGCCCAGUGACAAUUACCACAGAUCCCAAGAAAUUUCAGUAUGAACUGAGAGAACUAUAUGUUCAGGGUGGUGGUGAUUGCCCGGAAAUGAGUAUUGGAGCUAUAAAAAUUGCCUUGGAAAUUUCUCUUCCUGGUUCUUUCAUCUAUGUUUUCACUGAUGCACGGUCCAAGGAUUAUCGGCUCACUCAUGAGGUGCUGCAGCUUAUCCAACAGAAACAGUCACAGGUGGUAUUUGUGCUCACUGGAGAUUGUGAUGACAGGAGCCAUAUUGGAUACAAAGUCUAUGAAGAAAUUGCCUCCACCAGUUCUGGUCAAGUCUUCCACCUGGACAAAAAGCAAGUCAACGAGGUGUUAAAAUGGGUAGAGGAAGCAGUGCAGGCCUCCAAAGUUCACCUCUUAUCUACAGAUCAUUUGGAACAGGCUGUAAACACAUGGAAAAUUCCUUUUGAUCCCAGCCUGAAAGAGGUUACUGUGUCCCUGAGUGGCCCUUCUCCAGUGAUUGAAAUUCGCAAUCCCUUAGGAAAGCUGAUCAAAAAGGGAUUUGGCCUGAAUGAGCUAUUGAAUAUCCAUAACUCUGCCAAGGUGGUGAACGUGAAAGAGCCAGAGGCUGGAAUGUGGACAGUGAAGACUUCCAGCAGCGGACGACACUCUGUUCGCAUCACCGGCCUCAGUACUAUUGAUUUCCGAGCUGGCUUUUCCCGAAAGCCCACCCUGGACUUCAAAAAAACAGUCAGCAGACCAGUGCAAGGAAUACCAACCUAUGUGCUUCUGAACACUUCUGGAAUUUCCGUCCCAGCUAGAGUAGAUCGUCUUGAACUUCUGAGUAUCUCAGGCAAUUCUCUUAAGACUAUUCCUGUUAAAUAUUACCCAGAUCGGAAACCUUAUGGCAUAUGGAAUAUUUCUGACUUUAUACCACCAAAGGAAGCUUUCUUUCUCAGAGUAGCUGGUUAUGAUAAGGACGAUUAUCUCUUCCAGAGAGUAUCAAGUGUUUCCUUCUCUAGCAUCAUCCCAGAUGCUCCCAAAGUCACAAUGCCUAAGAAGACCCCAGGAUACUACCUGCAGCCCGGCCGAAUUCCCUGCUCUGUUGAAAGUCUUUUGCCCUUUACCUUGAGCUUUGUCAGAAACGGAAUCAUACUCGGAGUAGACCAAUAUUUAAAAGAAUCUGCCAGUGUGAACUGGGAUAUCGAAAAGGUCACCUUGUCUGACGAAGGCCCCUAUGAGUGCGUCGCUGUCAGCACUGCAGGGACCGGACGGGCCCAGACAUUUUUUGACGUGUCAGAGCCCCCUCCAGUCAUCCAAGUGCCCAGUAAUGUUACCGUCGCUCCUGGAGAAAGAGCAGCUUUGACAUGUCUCGUCAUCAGUGCGGUGGAUUACAAUCUAACCUGGCAGAGGAACGACAGGGACGUCAGGCUGGCAGACCCAGCAAGAAUGCGGAUCUUGGCUAACCUCUCCCUGGAGCUCAGGACCGUGAAAUCCACUGAUGCUGGGGAGUAUCGUUGUCUGGUUUCCAACGAAGGGGGAUCAUCAGCCGCUUCAGUUUUCCUCACAGUGCAAGAAUCUCCCAGAGUCACUGUGAUGCCCAAGAACCAAUCUUUCACAGGAGGAUCUGAGGUCUCCAUCAUGUGCUCUGCAACAGGUUAUCCCAAACCAAAGAUCGCCUGGACUGUUAAUGAUAUGUUUAUCGUGGGGUCACACAGGUAUAGGAUGACCUCAGAAGGUACCUUAUUUAUCAAAAAUGCAGUUCCCAAAGAUGCAGGGAUCUAUGGUUGCCUGGCAAGUAAUUCAGCGGGAAUGGAUAAACAGACUUCUACCCUCAGAUACAUCGAAGCCCCCAAGUUGAUGGUCGUUCAGAGUGAGCUCUUGGUUGCCCUUGGGGACACAACAGUGAUGGAAUGUAAGACCUCCGGUGUUCCUCCACCUCACGUCAAAUGGUUCAAAGGGGACCUUGAGCUGAGGCCCUCAACUUUUCUCAUUAUUGAUCCUUUCUUGGGACUGUUGAAGAUUCCAGAAACUCAGGACCUCGAUGCUGGUGAUUAUACGUGUGUAGCUGUCAAUGACGCUGGAAGAGCAACUGGCAAGAUAACUCUGGAUGUUGGCUCACCUCCAGUUUUCAUACAAGAACCUGCUGAUGUGUCUAUGGAAAUUGGUUCGAAUGUGACAUUACCUUGCUACGUCCAGGGCUACCCAGAACCAAAGAUUAAAUGGCAAAGAUUAGACAACAUGCCCAUCUUCUCAAGACCCUUUUCAGUGAGUUCCAUCAGCCAGCUAAGAACAGGAGCUCUGUUUAUUUCAAACUUAUGGGCAAGUGAUAAAGGAACCUAUAUCUGUGAAGCUGAAAACCCGUUUGGAAAGAUCCAGUCCCAGACAACAAUAACAGUGACAGGACUUGUUGCUCCACUCAUUGGAAUCAGCCCUUCAGUGACCAGUGUAAUCGAAGGACAGCAGCUGACUUUGCCUUGUGCUCUAUUGGCUGGAAAUCCCAUUCCAGAGCGUCGGUGGAUUAAGAAUUCAGCCAUGUUGGUCCAAAAUCCUUACAUCACCGUACGCAGUGAUGGGAGUCUCCACAUUGAAAGAGUCCGCCUUCAGGAUGGAGGUGAAUACACUUGUGUGGCCAGUAAUGUUGCUGGAACCAUUAACAAAACGACCACUGUGGAUGUGCAUGUUCUUCCAACCAUUCAGCAUGGACAGCAGAUCCUCAGUACAAUUGAAGGCAUCCCAGUAACUCUGCCCUGCAAAGCGAGCGGCAUUCCCAAACCGUCUAUCACCUGGUCCAAGAAAGGCGAGCUCAUUUCCACCAGCAAUGCUAAGUUUUCCGCAGGGGCUGACGGGAGUCUGUAUGUGGUGUCACCUGGGGGCGAGGAGAGCGGGGAGUAUGUCUGCACCGCCACCAAUGCCGCCGGCUACGCCAAAAGGAAAGUGCAGCUGACGGUCUAUGUAAGGCCCAGAGUGUUUGGAGAGCAAAGAGGACUGUCCCAGGAUAAGCCCGUGGAGAUCUCUGUCCUUGCUGGGGAGGAGGUGACCCUUCCAUGUGAAGUGAAGAGCUCACCUCCACCCAUAAUUACCUGGGCCAAGCAAAGCCAGCUCAUCUCACCAUUCUCUCCAAGACACACGUUCCUCCCUUCUGGCUCAAUGAAGAUCACUGAGGCCCGAGUUUCAGACAGUGGGAUGUAUCUCUGCGUUGCCACAAACAUUGCUGGGAACGUGACUCAGUCCGUUAAAUUAAGUGUUCACGUUCCUCCAAAGAUACAGCGUGGCCCUAAACUUCUGAAAGUCCAAGUUGGUCAAAGAGGGGACCUUCCCUGCAAUGCUCAAGGGACGCCUCUUCCUGUGAUCACCUGGUUUAGAGGUGGAAGCGCCGUGCUGGUGGAUGGGGUCCAGCUUGUUAGUCAUCCCGGUGGAACAUUAAGCAUCACCCAAGCCACGCUCUCGGAUGCCGGAGCCUACACGUGCGUCGCUGCUAACAUAGCGGGCAGCGAUGAAACAGAGGUCACACUCCACGUCCAAGAACCACCUACCCUGGAAGAUCUGGAACCUCCGUAUAACACUCCAUUCCAAGAAAGAGUGGCCAAUCAGCGCAUUGCAUUUCCAUGUCCUGCAAAAGGUACUCCCAGACCAACCAUCAAAUGGUUACGGAAUGGCAGAGAGCUGACAGGCAGAGAGCCUGGGGUUUCUGUCUUGGACGAUGGCACGUUGUUGGUUAUUGCUGCCGUUACACCGUAUGACAAUGGGGAGUACAUCUGUGUGGCAGUCAAUGAAGCUGGGACCACGGAAAAAAAAUAUAACCUCAAAGUCCAUGUUCCUCCAGUAAUUAAAGAUAAAGAAAAGGUGACAAACGUGUCCGUGUUAGUGAAUCAGCUGACCAACCUCUUCUGUGAAGUCGAAGGUAUUCCAUCUCCCAUCAUUAUGUGGUACAAAGAUGAUGUCCAGGUGACUGAGAGCAGCACCAUUCAGAUUGUGAACAACGGGAAGAUACUGAAGCUCUUCAAAGCCACUCCAAAGGAUGCGGGACGAUACUCCUGCAAGGCAAUUAAUGUUGCAGGCACCUCUCAGAAGUAUUUUAACAUCGAUGUGCUAGUCCCACCCACCAUAAUAGGUGCCAACUCCCCCAGUGAAGUCUCAGUUGUCCUCAACCACGACACCAGCCUUGAAUGCCAGGUCAAGGGCACUCCCUUCCCAGUGAUUGACUGGUUCAAAGAUGGCAAGCCUUUAUUUUUGGGAGAUCCUAAUAUUGAACUUCUAGACAGAGGACAAGUGUUGCAUUUAAAGAACACACGAAGAAGUGACAAGGGGCGCUACCAGUGUGCUGUGUCUAAUGCAGCUGGCAAGCAAGCCAAGGAUAUAAAGCUGACUGUCCAUAUUCCACCCAGUAUUAAAGGAGGGAAUGUCACCACGGAAAUAUCAGCUUUGAUCAACAGCAUGAUUAAGCUGGAGUGUGAAACUCGGGGACUUCCAGUGCCAGCUGUUACGUGGUAUAAGGAUGGCCAGCCGAUCAUAUCCAGCUCGCAAGCACUUUAUAUUGAUAAAGGGCAGUUUCUUCAUAUCCCUCGAGCACAGGUCUCUGAUUCAGCCAGGUAUACGUGUCAUGUGAGCAAUGUUGCUGGAACUGCUGAAAAGUCCUUCCACGUGGACGUUUAUGUUCCUCCAGUGAUUGAAGGUGACUCGGCUGUACCUCUGCAUAAGCAAGUGGUCCUUGCUCACUCACUGACGCUGGAGUGCAAAGCUGGCGGCAACCCUCCGCCAGUCCUCACCUGGUUAAAGGACAGUGUCCCCGUGAAAGCCAGCGACAAUAUCCGCAUAGAAGCUGGUGGGAAGAAACUAGAAAUCACCAGUGCCCUGGAAGUCGAUCGGGGCCAGUAUGUGUGUGUGGCUACCAGUGUGGCAGGAGAAAAGGAAAUAAAAUAUGACGUUGAUGUCUUAGUGCCGCCAGCUAUAGAAGGAGGAGAGGAAACAUCUUAUUUCAUAGUGAUGGUUAAUAACUUACUGGAGCUGGAUUGUCAAGUGACAGGCUCUCCCCCACCAACUAUCAUGUGGCUGAAGGAUGGCCAGCUAAUCGAUGAAAGGGAUGGAUUCAAGAUUUUACUGAAUGGCCGCAAACUGGUCAUUGCCCAGGCCCAAGUGUCAGAUACAGGCCUUUAUCAGUGUGUGGCAACCAACACUGCUGGAGACCACAGGAAGGAGUUUGAAGUGACUGUUCAUGUUCCUCCAACAAUCAAAUCCUCAGGCCUUUCUGAGAGAGCCGUAGUGAAAUACAAGCCUAUCACCUUACAGUGCAUAGCCAAUGGCAUUCCCAAUCCAUCCCUCACGUGGUUGAAAGAUGGCCAGCCUGUGAACACUGCCCAAGGAAACUUCAAAAUACAGUCUUCUGGUCGCGUUCUACAAAUUGCCAAAACCCUGAUGGAAGAUGCUGGCAAGUACACAUGUGUGGCCACCAAUGCGGCUGGGGAAGCACAGCAGCACAUUCAACUGCAUGUGCACGAGCCACCCAGCCUGGAGGGUGCAGGGAAGAUGCUGAAUGAGACCGUGGUGGUGAACAACCCUGCACAACUGGAGUGUAAGGCCGCUGGAAAUCCCUUGCCUGUUAUUACAUGGUACAAAGAUAACCGUCCGCUCUCAGGUUCCACCAGUGUGACUUUCUUGAACAGAGGACAGAUCAUUGAUAUCGAAAGUGCCCAGAUCGCAGAUGCUGGCAUCUAUAAAUGUGUGGCCAUCAACUCAGCUGGAGCUACAGAAUUAUACUACAGCCUUCAGGUCCAUGUGCCCCCAUCCAUUUCUGGCAGCAGUAAUGUGGUGGCGGUGGUGGUGAAUAACCUGGUGAGGCUAGAAUGUGAAGCCAGAGGCAUCCCUGCCCCAAGUCUGACCUGGUUGAAAGAUGGGAGCCCUGUGUCUGGUUUUGCUAAUGGGAUACAGGUUCUGUCUGGGGGCCGCAUCCUGGCUUUGACCAGCGCCCAGAUCGGUGAUACCGGGAGAUACACCUGCGUGGCAGUGAAUGCUGCUGGGGAGAAGCAAAGGGACAUAGACCUCAGAGUGUAUGUUCCACCAAACAUCGUGGGGGAAGAACAGAACGUCUCUGCCCUCAUCGGCCAGGCUGUGGAGCUGCUGUGUCAAAGCGACGCUGUCCCCUCGCCCACUCUGACUUGGUUAAAAGACGGCCGCCCCUUGCUGAAGAAACCAGGCCUCAAGAUUUCUGAGAAUGGAAGUGUGUUAAAGAUUGAAGACGCUCAGGUUCAAGACACUGGUCGUUACACUUGUGAGGCAACGAAUGUUGCUGGGAAAACUGAGAAAAAUUAUAAUGUUAAUAUUUGGGUGCCACCAAAUAUAUAUGGUUCUGAUGAACUUGCUCAGCUUACAGUUAUUGAAGGGAGUCUCAUCAGCCUACUGUGUGAAUCGAGUGGCAUCCCACCCCCAAAUCUCACUUGGAAGAAGAAAGGCUCCCCGGUGCUGGCUGACUCUGCGGGGCGGGUCAGAGCUUUGUCUGGAGGCAGACAGUUGCAGAUCGGAGUUGCUGAAAAAUCCGAUGCAGGGCUUUAUACGUGUGUGGCAUCGAAUGUUGCUGGAACGACACAGAAAGACUACAAUCUGCAAGUGUAUAUUCGACCAACCAUAUCCAACAGCGGCAGCCACCCCACCGAAGUUAUUGUGACUCGAGGAAAGAGUAUUUCCCUGGAGUGCGAGGUGCAGGGUGUCCCUCAGCCGACAGUGACCUGGAUGAAAGAUGGGCGCCCCUUGACCAAGGGAAGGGGAAUGGAAAUACUGGAUGAAGGUCGCACCCUUCAGCUGAAGAAUAUUCAUGUCUCUGACACAGGCCGUUAUGUGUGUGUUGCUAUAAACGUGGCAGGAAUGACUGACAGAAAAUAUGACUUAAGUGUACAUACCCCUCCAAGCAUCAUAGGAAACCACGGGACACCUGAAAAUAUCAGUGUGGUGGAAAAAAACUCAGUGUCCCUGACUUGUGAAGCUUCAGGAAUCCCUUUGCCUUCAAUUACCUGGCUUAAAGAUGGGUGGCCCAUCAGCCUUAGCAGUUCCGUGAGAAUUCUCUCAGGCGGGAGGACCCUGCGGCUGAUGCAGACCAGAAUGGAAGACGCCGGCCAGUAUGCCUGUGUCGUAAGGAAUGCCGCUGGUGAAGAGAGAAAACUCUUCGGGCUUUCAGUGUUAGUACCACCUCGCAUUGUGGGUGAGAACACGUUGGAAGAUGUGAAGGUAAAAGAGAAGCAGAGCGUUACACUGACAUGUGAAGUGACAGGGAAUCCAGUUCCAGAAAUUACAUGGCACAAAGAUGGGCAACUCCUCCAAGAAGAUGACACCCAUCACAGUAUGUCUGGUGGCCGUUUCCUUCAAAUUACCAAUGCCCAAGUGUCACACACUGGCAGAUACACAUGUUUGGCUUCUAACACAGCUGGUGACAAGAGCAAAAGUUUCAGCCUUAACGUGUUGGUAUCUCCUACUAUUGCUGGUGUCGAUGGUGAUGGCAGCCCUGAAGACGUCAUUGUUAUCCUGAACAGCCCCACAUCUUUGGUCUGCGAAGCUUAUUCCUAUCCUCCAGCGACCAUCACCUGGUUUAAGGAUGGGACUCCUCUAGAAUCCAACCGAAAUAUUCGGAUUCUUCCAGGAGGUAGGACUCUGCAGAUCCUAAAUGCACAGGAGGACAAUGCUGGAAGGUACUCGUGUGUAGCCACGAACGAGGCAGGGGAAAUGAUAAAGCACUACGAAGUGAAAGUCUACAUUCCACCCGUAAUCAAUAAAGGGGACCUCCUGGGACCAGGUCUUUCCCCUAAAGAAGUAAAGAUCAAAGUAAACACCACCCUGACCUUGGAAUGUGAAGCCUAUGCUAUCCCUUCUGCCUCUCUCAGCUGGUACAAGGAUGGACAGCCUCUUAAAUCAGAUGAUCAUGUUAAUAUUGCUGCCAAUGGACACACACUUCAAAUAAAGGAAGCUCAAAUAUCAGACACUGGACGAUACACUUGUGUGGCAUCUAAUAUUGCAGGUGAAGAUGAGCUGGAUUUUGAUGUGAAUAUACAAGUUCCUCCAAGUUUUCAGAAGCUCUGGGAAAUAGGAAACAUGCUGGAUACCGGCAGGAGUGGCGAAGCCAAGGAUGUGAUCAUCAACAAUCCCAUUUCUCUUUACUGCGAGACAAACGCUGCUCCUCCGCCUACGCUGACAUGGUACAAGGACGGCCGUCCUCUGACUUCGAGUGACAGAGUGUUGAUUUUACCAGGUGGGAGAGUGCUGCAGAUUCCCCGGGCGAGGGUAGAAGAUGCGGGGAGGUACACGUGUGUCGCUGUGAAUGAAGCUGGAGAAGAUUCCCUUCAGUAUGAUGUCCGUGUCCUCUUGCCGCCGGUCAUCAAGGGAGCGCACGGCGACCUGCCGGAGGAGGUGACGGUGCUGGUGAGCAAGGGCGCGCUGCUGGAGUGCCUGUCCGGCGGCAGCCCGGUGCCAAGGAACUCCUGGCACAAGGAUGGGCAGCCCUUGCUGGAAGAUGAACAGCAUAAGUUUCUGUCUAAUGGAAGAAUCCUGCAGAUUCUAAAUACUCAAAUAACAGAUAUUGGCAGGUAUGUGUGUAUUGCUGAGAACACAGCUGGAAGUGCCAAGAAAUAUUUUAACCUCAAUGUUCACGUUCCUCCAAGCAUCAUUGGCCCGAACCCUGAGAACCUCACUGUCGUGAUGAACAGCUUCAUCUCUUUGACCUGUGAGGUCUCUGGUUUCCCACCCCCUGAUCUCAGCUGGCUCAAGAACGAGCAGCCUCUCAAGCCAAACACAAACGCUCUCAUUGUGCCCGGGGGUCGAACUCUGCAGAUUAUCCGGGCCAAGGAAUCCGAUGGGGGUCAGUACACGUGUAUAGCUAUCAACCAAGCUGGCGAAAGCAAGAAGAAAGUCUCCCUGACCGUUUACGUGCCCCCAAGCAUUAAAGAUCAUGGCAGUGACUCUCUUUCUGUAGUUAACGUAAGAGAGGGGACCUCAGUGUCAUUGGAGUGUGAGUCCAACGCUGUCCCACCUCCAGUCAUCACGUGGUAUAAGAAUGGGCGGAUGAUAACAGAGUCGACUCACGUGGAGAUCUUAGCAGAUGGACAAAUGCUGCACAUCCAGAAAGCCGAGGUAUCUGACACAGGCCAGUAUGUAUGUAGAGCUAUAAAUGUAGCAGGACGGGAUGAUAGAAAUUUCCACCUCAAUGUAUAUGUGCCGCCCAGCAUCGAAGGACCUGAAAGAGAAGUGGUCGUUGAGAUAAUCAGCAAUCCUGUGACCUUAACCUGCGAUGCCACUGGAAUCCCGCCUCCCACCCUAGCAUGGCUGAAGGACCACAAGCCCAUAGAAAAUUCUGACUCACUCGAAGUUCAUAUUUUGUCUGGAGGUAGCAAACUCCAAAUUGCUCGGUCUCAGCAUUCAGAUAGCGGAAACUAUACGUGCAUUGCAUCAAAUAUGGAAGGAAAAGCAGAGAAAAAUUACAUUCUUUCAAUUCAAGUUCCUCCGAGUGUUGCUGGAGCUGAAAUUCCAAGUGAAGUCAGUGUCCUUCUAGGGGAAAAUGUUGAGCUGGCCUGCAGUGCAAAUGGCAUUCCCGCCCCAGUCAUUCAGUGGCUUAGAGAUGGAAGACCCCUAGCUAGCAGUGAAAUGGAAGGAAACCGGGUGACUGCAAAUGGCAGCACAUUAGUCAUCCACGGGGCUCUCCCGUCCGACGUGGGGAAAUACUCGUGUGUCGCUACCAAUCCCGCAGGAGAAGACGACCGCAUUUUCAACUUAAAUGUUUACGUGCCACCUGCAAUUAGGGGUAAUAAAGAAGAAGCGGAGAGACUGACAGCCUUGGUGGAUACUUCAAUAAACAUUGAGUGCAGGGCCACGGGGACGCCUCCACCCCAGAUAAACUGGCUGAAGAACGGCCUUCCCCUGCCUCUGACCUCGCACACCCGGCUGCUGUCAGGAGGGCAGGUUAUCAGGAUUGUGAGAGCUCAGGUGUCUGAUGUUGCUGUGUACACGUGUGUGGCCUCCAACAGAGCUGGGGUGGAUAAUAAACAUUAUAGUCUUCAAGUUUUAGUGCCACCAAAUCUGGACAAUGCAAUGGGAACAGAGGAAAUCACAAUUGUCAGGGGCAGUUCUACCUCCAUGACAUGCCUCACGGAUGGAACCCCAACUCCCAGGAUGUCAUGGCUGAGGGAUGGCCAGCCUCUGGGGCUUGAUACCCAUCUGACAGUCAGCACUCAAGGGAUGGUCCUUCAGCUCAUCAAAGCAGAGACUGAAGACUCGGGGAGGUACACCUGCAUUGCCUCCAAUGAAGCUGGAGAAGUCAGCAAGCACUUUAUCCUGAAGGUCCUGGAACCACCUCAUAUCAAUGGAUCUGAAGAGCCUAUAGAGGUAUCAGUGAUUGUUAACAAUCCACUUGAACUUACCUGCAUUGCUUCUGGAAUCCCAGCUCCCAAAAUCACCUGGAUGAAAGAUGGACGGCCCCUUCUCCAGACAGAUCAGGUACAAACUCUUGGAGGAGGAGAGAUUCUUCGAAUAUCUAGUAGUCAGGUGGAAGAUACAGGAAGAUACACAUGCCUGGCAUCCAGCCCUGCAGGAGAUGAUGACAAAGAAUAUUUAGUGAGAGUGCACGUGCCCCCUAAUAUUGCUGGAACUGAUGGGUCUCAAGAUUUCACUGUGCUACGGAACAGACAAGUGACAUUGGAAUGCAAAUCAGAUGCAGUGCCCCCACCUGUAAUCACUUGGCUCAAAAAUGGAGAACAGUUACAAGCAACACCUCGAGUACGAAUCCUAUCUGGAGGAAGAUACUUGCAAAUUAAUAAUGCAGAUCUGGGUGAUACAGCCAAUUAUACCUGUGUUGCCAGCAACAUUGCAGGGAAGACUACAAGAGAAUUUAUUCUCACUGUAAAUGUUCCUCCAAGCAUAAAGAGUGGCCCCCAGAGUCUUGUCAUUCACUUAAAUAAGUCAACUGUAUUGGAAUGCUUUGCCGAAGGCCUGCCGGCCCCGAGGAUCACAUGGAGAAAGGAUGGAGCUGUUCUCUCUGGGAAUCAUGCAAGAUAUUCCAUCUUGGAAAAUGGAUUCCUUCACAUCCAGUCAGCACAUGUCACCGAUGCUGGGCGGUAUUUGUGUAUGGCGACCAAUGUUGCUGGAACAGACCGCAGACGGAUAGAUUUACAAGUCCAUGUUCCUCCAUCCAUUGCUCUGGGUCCUACCAACAUCACUGUAACAGUAAAUGUUCAAACUACUCUGGCUUGUGAGGCUGCUGGAAUCCCAAAACCAUCCAUCAGUUGGAGAAAAAACGGGCACCUUCUCAAUGUGGAUCAGAAUCAGAAUUCCUACAGGCUCCUUUCUUCUGGUUCACUAGUAAUUAUUUCCCCUUCUGUGGAUGACACUGCCACUUACGAGUGCACUGUGACCAACGAUGCAGGAGAGGACAAGAGAACCGUGGAUCUCACUGUCCAAGUUCCACCUUCCAUAGCUGAUGAGCCGACCGACUUCCUAGUAACCAAACACUCCCCAGCAGUAAUUACCUGCACUGCUUCAGGGGUUCCAUUUCCCUCCAUUCACUGGAUGAAAAAUGGUAUAAGACUGCUUCCCAGAGGAGAUGGCUACAGAAUUAUUCAGUCCUCAGGAGCAAUUGAAAUAUUUGCCAGUGAAUUGAACCAUGCUGGGAGAUACACUUGUGUCGCCAGGAAUGCGGCCGGUUCUGCACAUCGACACGUGACCCUUCACGUCCAGGAGCCUCCUGUCAUUCAGCCUCAGCCAAGUGAACUAGACGUCAUCCUGAACAAUCCCAUUUUGUUACCGUGUGAAGCAACAGGGACACCCAGUCCUUUCAUUACUUGGCAAAAAGAAGGCAUCAAUGUCAUCACUUCAGGCAAAAGCCACACAGUUCUUCCCAGGGGCGGCCUGCAGAUCUCCAGAGCCGACAGAGGGGAUGCCGGCACUUACAUGUGUGUGGCUCAGAACCCGGCCGGCACAGCCUUGGGCAGAAUCAAGUUGAAUGUUCAAGUUCCCCCAGUCAUCAGCCCCCAUCCGAAGGAAUAUAUCAUUGCUGUGGAUAAGCCCUUCACGUUACCGUGUGAGGCGGACGGCCUCCCGCCGCCUGACAUCACGUGGCACAAGGACGGCCACACGGUUGUGGCUUCAGUCCGCCGGCGCCUCAUCAGCUCGGGGGCCCUGCACAUAGCCUUUGCCCGGCCGGAGGACGCCGGCCAGUACACGUGCACGGCGGCUAACGCGGCAGGGGCCAGCAGCGCCAGCACCAGGCUCACCGUCCACGUGCCACCCAAAAUUCGAAGUACGGAAGCAUACUACACGGUCACUGAGAAUUCACAAGCUGUUCUUCCAUGUGUGGCGGAUGGAAUCCCCACGCCAGCAAUUAACUGGAAAAAAGACGACGUUCUUUUAGCUAACUUGUUAGGAAAAUACACUGUUGAACCCUAUGGAGAACUCAUUCUGGAAAAUGUUGUGCCCGAGGAUUCUGGCACCUAUACCUGUGUUGCAAACAAUGCUGUGGGUGAAGACACACACACUGUCAGCCUCACCGUGCAGGUUCUCCCCACGUUUACUGAACUCCCUGGAGAUGUGUCAUUAAAUAAAGGCGAACAGCUACGAUUAAGCUGCAGAGCCACUGGUAUUCCACUGCCCAAGUUAACAUGGACCUUCAAUAACAAUAUUAUCCCAGCCCACUUUGACAGUGUCAACGGACACAGUGAACUUGUUAUUGAAAGGGUUUCAAAAGAGGAUUCGGGUACUUACGUGUGCACUGCAGAGAACAGCAUCGGUUUUGUGAAGGCAAUUGGAUUUGUUUAUGUGAAAGAACCUCCAGUCUUCAAAGGUGAUUACCCUUCUAACUGGAUUGAACCGCUUGGCGGAAAUGCAAUUCUGAACUGUGAAGUGAAAGGGGAUCCUGCCCCAACCAUCCAGUGGAGCAGAAAGGGGGUGGAUAUUGAAAUUAACCACAGAAUCCGGCAACUUGGCAAUGGCUCCCUGGCCAUUUACGGCACUGUAAACGAGGAUGCCGGCGACUACACGUGCGUAGCUGCGAAUGAAGCUGGGGUGGUGCAGCGCAGCAUGAGCCUGACUCUGCAGAGUCCUCCUAUUAUCACUCUUGAGCCAAUAGCAACUAUUAUUAAUGCUGGUGGCAAAGUCGUAUUGAAUUGUCAGGCCACUGGAGAGCCUCAUCCAGCCAUUACAUGGUCUCGUCAAGGGCACGCUAUCCCCUGGGAUGACCGAGUGAACGUGUUGUCCAACAACUCGUUAUAUAUCUCUGCUGCUCAGAAAGAAGAUACAUCUGAAUAUGAAUGUGUUGCUCGAAAUUUGAUGGGUUCUGUCCUUGUCAGAGUACCAGUCACAGUCCAAGUUCAUGGUGGGUUUUCCCAGUGGUCUGCCUGGAGGGCCUGCAGUGUCACCUGUGGAAGAGGCAUCCAAAAGAGAAGUCGCCUGUGCAAUAACCCCCUCCCAGCCAACGGUGGGAAGCCUUGCCAAGGGUCGGAUUCAGAAAUGCGUAACUGUCAACAUAAGCUGUGUCCAGUGGAUGGUAGCUGGUCAGAGUGGAGCCCUUGGGAAGAAUGCACGAGGAGCUGUGGGCGUGGCAACCGAACCCGGACCAGAACUUGCAGUAAUCCACCCGCUCAGCACGGCGGGCGGCCUUGUGAAGGGAGCGCUGUGGAAAUGAUCAUGUGCAACGUUAGGCCUUGCCCAGUUCAUGGAGCAUGGAGCACGUGGCAGCCAUGGAGUGUGUGCAGCAGAAGCUGUGGCCAGGGCACCCAGACAAGAACGAGACUGUGCAAUAACCCACCACCAUCGUUUGGCGGCUCCUACUGUGAUGGAGCAGAAACACAGAUGCACGUUUGCCAUGAAAGACACUGUCCAGUGGAUGGCAAGUGGGCCAGCUGGGCCAGUUGGAGCGCCUGCACUGUGUCCUGUGGAGGAGGGGCCAGACAGAGAACAAGGGACUGCUCUGACCCUGUUCCACAGCAUGGAGGAAGCAAAUGUGAAGGGAGCGAUGUCCAGAGCGAUUUCUGCAAUAGUGACCCUUGUCCAACUCACGGUAACUGGAGCCCUUGGAGUGGCUGGGGAACCUGCAGUCGGUCGUGCAGUGGAGGCCAGAUGCGGCGUUACCGCACGUGUGAUAACCCUCGGCCCUCCCACGGAGGAAGAGCUUGUGGGGGGCCAGACUCCCAGAUCCAGAGAUGCAACACUGACGUGUGUCCUGUGGAUGGGAGUUGGGGAAGCUGGCAGAGCUGGGGCCUGUGUUCUGCUUCUUGUGGAGGGGGUGAAAAGACUCGAAAACGGCUGUGCAACAACCCAGAGCCUUCUAACCGCGGGCGCCCCUGUCCAGGAGACGCCACUCAGGUAUCCAGGUGCAAUACGCAGGCUUGCCCAGGUGGGCCCCAGCGAGCCAGAGGAAGUGUUAUUGGAAAUAUUAAUGAUGUUGAAUUUGGAAUUGCUUUCCUUAACGCCACAGUAACAGAUAGCCCUACUUCUGAUACUAAAAUAAUACAUGCCAAAAUUACCAAUGUGCCUCGCAGACUUGGUCCAGCAAUGAGAAAGAUAGUUUCUAUUUUAAAUCCCAUUUAUUGGACAACAGCAAAGGAAAUUGGAGAAGCAGUUAAUGGCUUCACCCUCACCAAUGCAGUCUUCAAGAGAGAAACCCAAGUGGAAUUUGCAACUGGGGAGAUCUUGCGCAUGACGCACAUCGCUCGGGGCCUGGAUUCCGACGGUGCUCUGCUGCUCGACGUUGUCGUGAGCGGCUACGUGCUGCAGCUCCCUGCCCCCGCCGAGCUGAUCCUGAAGGAUUACACAGAGGACUACGUUCAGACAGGUCCUGGGCAGCUAUAUGCCUACUCAACCCGGCUGUUCACCGUCGAUGGCAUCGGCGUCCCCUACACGUGGAACCACACCGUUUCCUACGAUCAGGCUCGGGGAAGGAUGCCCUUCUUGGUAGAAACACUUCGUGCAUCCUCUGUGGAAUCUGACUACAACCAGUUAGAGGAGACAUUGGGCUUUAAAAUUCAUGCUUCAAUUUCCAAAGGAGAUCGCAGUAAUCAGUGUCCCUCCGGGUUUGCCUUAGACUCAGUUGGACCCUUUUGUGCUGAUGAAGAUGAGUGUGCCACGGGGAAGCCCUGCUCCCAUAUCUGCCACAAUGCUGUGGGGACCUAUUACUGCUCCUGCCCUAAAGGCCUCACCAUCGCUGCUGAUGGAAGAACUUGUCAAGAUAUUGACGAGUGUGCUUUGGGCGGACACUCUUGCCACGCCGGCCAGGACUGUGACAAUACCAUCGGAUCCUAUCGCUGUGUGGUCCGCUGCGGAGUUGGCUUUCGCAGAACCUCUGAUGGGCUGAGUUGUCAAGAUAUCAAUGAAUGCCAAGAAUCCAGUCCCUGCCACCACCGCUGUUUCAAUGCCAUAGGAAGUUUUCACUGCGGCUGUGAGCCCGGGUAUCUGCUCAAAGGCAGAAAAUGCAUGGAUGUGAAUGAAUGUCGCCAGAACGUGUGCAGACCAGACCAGCACUGCGAGAACACCCGCGGGGGUUACAAGUGCAUUGAUCUCUGUCCCAGUGGAAUGACCAAGGCGGAGAACGGAACCUGCAUUGAUAUUGAUGAGUGUAAAGAUGGGACCCAUCAGUGCAGAUAUAACCAGAUAUGUGAGAAUACAAGAGGCAGCUAUCGUUGUGUAUGUCCAAGAGGUUACCGGUCUCAAGGAGUGGGAAGACCAUGUAUGGACAUUAAUGAGUGUGAACAAAUGCCUAAGCCUUGUGCAUAUCAGUGCUUCAACACCCCCGGCAGCUUCAAGUGUAUCUGUCCACCAGGACAACAUUUAUUAGGGGACGGGAAAUCUUGCGCUGGAUUGGAGAGGCUGCCAAAUUAUGGCACUCAGUACAGUAGCUAUAACCAUGCUCGGUUCUCCCCCGUGAGAAACAACUAUCAACCUCAACAGCAUUACAGACAGUACUCACAUCUCUACAGCUCCUACUCAGAGUAUAGAAACAGCAGAACAUCUCUCUCCAGGACUAGAAGGACUUUUAGGAAAACUUGCCCUGAAGGCUCUGAGGCAAACCAUGACACAUGUGUAGAUAUUGAUGAAUGUGCCAACCGAGACACAUGCCAACAUGAGUGUAAAAAUACCUUUGGAAGCUAUCAGUGCAUCUGCCCACCUGGCUAUCGACUCAUGCUCAAUGGAAAGACGUGUCAAGAUGUUGAUGAGUGCCUGGAGCAGAAUGUGCGCUGUGGGCCCAGCCGCAUGUGCUUCAACAUGAGGGGGAGCUACCAGUGCCUCGACACCCCUUGUCCGCCCGACUACCAACGGGAUCCUGUCUCAGGGUUCUGCCUCAAGAACUGUCCACCCAAUGACCUGGAAUGUGCCUCGAGCCCAUAUGCCUUGGAAUACAAACUCGUGUCCCUCCCCUUUGGAAUAGCCGCCAGUCAGGAUUUAAUCCGGCUGGUCGCCUACACGCAGGACGGAGUGAUGCAUCCCAGGACGACGUUUCUCAUGGUAGAUGAGGAACAGACCGUUCCCUUCGCCUUAAGGGUUGAACACUUGAAAGGAGUGGUGUACACAACGCGACCGCUGCGAGAGCCAGAGACCUACCGCAUGCGGGUCCGGGCCCGGUCCUACAGCGCCAACGGGACCCUUGAGUACCAGACCACGUUCAUAGUGUACAUCGCCGUGUCUGCCUAUCCGUACUGAGCAGCUCGCCGAAGCCAGGCCCACAUAUUUAAACUGCGUUAAUCCUGGGGAUCCAGUUCGCUUCCAGAUCACCGUCUCCUGAAUGGUUGCAAUCUUGGCAACUUGAAAAUGGUGCUAAUGCUCUGUUUUGCGUGUCUUCCUUGGUACUGCUGAGGUAUUUUCAUGAUCCCACCAUGGUCCCAUCCUUUCGUUAAGGUCUAGAAAAGCCCCUUGUUGUUUUCUUUAUUUAUUACACUGGAACAGUUACCCUCCAAGGAUUAUUCUGAACAUCUAACAGGACACAUCAGUGAUGUUUUAUGGUAGCAUAGUAGCUAAGAUCAUUUUCCUUAAAAAAAAACCAACCCAAUAAAAUAACUAUAAUAAUUCAAAGUCAAGUAGAUUUUUGAGCGUUUGGCCAUUUUUAAAGUAAUAAAACUGGUUGCUGUGUUUUUUGAGCAAAGCUUAAGUAAGUUAUGAAGAUGCUUUUUUUAAGAGAAGUAUUGAUAUUUUAUUAAAGGACUUAUACACCUCUUUUCACUUUAAGGAAAAAAAGAAAUACCACUCAUUUUAAAAAUAUAGUACAGCUUCUAGAAGGUUAUGUUGAUCCCAAAUGGUGCACGCCUUGAUUGAACACCCAAAAUAAGGGUAUUCCUUUCAGUGAUUUUGUAAAAUCAGUUGAACCACUUAUGAUAAUAGAAAAAAAUAUUACUUUGUCCUCAGAUAAUUGUUGAUGGCAUGGAUCUUUGCUCUAAUAUUUUGAUAUAACCUGCCCUUCAGUUAGCUCCUUAACUUUCACAUUCCAGAAUUGUUUUUACUUAUCGAUUGGAAACAAUUUUUUAAAAUAUCCAUGGGACCGUUUUCUUCGUUUUUCUUGAAAAAUCUCAUAUGUUAAAUCAGCAUAAAUGUUAAACGUCAAUACACUGUACAUGGUGGUAACCAACUCUGGAAGCAAUUGCCAAGAUGUAUUCUAUUUUUAUGAAGUGUACAUAUAUUACCUUAGUGUGUAUUUUCUAUGUAAUAUCUUGAUGAACUCUUUUAUAAGAUUAUUUUAUAAAAUAAUACAAUGUUACAGGAAAACCAGCUUAAA